AUGUCGACCAUGUCCAAGACCAGUAGCAUCAUGACGAGCAAGAGCAGUGUGCCCAAAGACACCAAGAUCAAGUUCGAAGCCCCUGAACAGACCAGGAAGACUAACGAUGCUCCACCAGCACCAGGUCAAGUCACCGCGGAGAAGGUGAACUUUGAGAUCAAGGAUGAGGUGGAGUUGUUGCGUUCUGGAGUCAUGAACAAGCACGGCGAGCACGUCAAAGCGAUGGGAAAGUGA